UCCGCAGCGAAACGGCGCCGUUUUGAUCCCUCCCCACAACGUUAAAGGCGAAAGAGGGAAAGCGUAACGGGAACAGACCCCGCACAGUAGACGAAGAGAUCAGACGAUGGUGGUCUGUACUCUCUAGAGAGAGAGGGAGAGAGGCUUCUGGUUCGGAAUCUCCGGACAAUCUCGAGUUUAUAGGGUUUCGGGACGGGAUGGAGGAGCAGAGGAAUAACCGGUGGAACUGGGAGGUGCCGGGGUUCGAGCCGAGGAAAUCGUUUGAACUCGACGAUCACAGGUCUCCUCCGCCAAUGCUUCGGAGGCACCCGAUGUCUAUGCCUCUGGUUUCCUCACCUUCCGAGCUCCCCAGGAACGGCAUAGCUUCGAAGCUUCAGAGACUGAAGGACAAAGUCAAGCUUGCAAGGGAAGAUUGCUUGCAGUUGAGGCAGGAAGCAAGUGAUCUGCAGGAGUACUCUAAUGCUAAACUUGACAGAGUUACAAGAUAUUUGGGUGUUCUUGCUGAUAGGACACAUAAGCUAGAUCAAGUUGCUCUUGAAGCUGAAGCUAGAAUCUCUCCACUGAUAAAUGAGAAGAAAAAGUUGUUUAAUGACCUGCUGACAGCCAAAGGAAACAUAAAGGUAUUUUGUCGUACACGACCGCUAUUUGAAGAUGAAGGCCCGUCCAUUGUUGAGUUUCCUGAUGAUUUUACAAUUCGCGUUAAUACUGGUGAUGAUACUGUCACUAACCCAAAGAAAGAUUUUGAAUUUGACAGGGUAUAUGGACCUCAUGUUGGACAAGUUGAACUUUUCAGUGAUGUUCAGCCACUUGUGCAGUCGGCUUUGGAUGGAUCUAAUGUUUCUGUGUUUGCUUAUGGGCAAACUAAUUCAGGAAAAACACACACUAUGGAAGGAUCUAGCCAUGACCGGGGUUUAUAUGCCCGAUGUUUCGAGGAGCUGUUUGAUUUAUCCAAUUCAGAUUUAAAUUCUACUUCCCGAUUUAAUUUCUUUGUUACUCUCUUUGAGCUCUACAAUGAACAGGUGCAGGAUUUGCUUUCAGAAUCAAGAAACAGUCUGCCGAAAAUCCAGAUGGGUUCCCCAGAUUCUUUUGUAGAACUUGUACAGGAGAAAGUUGAUAAUCCAUUAGCCUUUUCCAGAGUCUUAAAAACAGCAUUUCAGAGUCGGGGAGCUGAUUUAUUAAAGUCUAAUGUAUCUCAUCUGAUUGUCACAAUACACAUAUAUUAUAACAAUUCAAUCACUGGAGAAAACUUGUAUAGCAAGCUUUCUCUUGUAGACUUAGCUGGAAGUGAAAGUGAAGGUCUGAAUGUGGAAGAUGAUACUGGAGAGCGUGUAACUGACCUACUGCACGUCAUGAAAUCACUUUCAGCGUUAGGAGAUGUUUUGUCAUCUUUGACUUCAAAGAAGGAUACUGUUCCUUAUGAAAAUUCAAUGCUUACGAAAGUACUUGCAGACUCCCUGGGUGGAAGCUCAAAAACUUUGAUGAUUGUCAACAUCUGUCCAAAUGUUGCAAAUAAGUCUGAGACAUUGUCAUCACUUAACUUUUCUGCAAGGGCUCGAAAUGCUGUUCUAAGCCUUGGAAAUCGAGAUACAAUUAAGAAAUGGAGAGAUGUUGCAAAUGAUGCCCGUAAGGAGUUGUAUGAAAAAGAACAGGAAACCCAGAGUCUGAAGCAAGAGAUUUUGGGACUGAAACAAGAACUCAAAGGUGCAAAUGAUCAAUGUGUCCUGCUCUUCAAUGAAGUACAGAAGGCGUGGAGAACUUCUCAUGCAUUGCAGUCUGAUUUGAAGUCGGAGAAUGUUAUGGUUGCAGAUAAAUAUAAGUUAGAGAAGGACCAAAAUGCUCAGCUUAGAAAUCGUGUUGCUCAGCUAUUACAGGUGGAGCAAAACCAAAAGAUGCAGAUUCAACAACAAGAUUCAACAAUUCAAAGCUUGCAGGCUAAACUUAGAAGCAUCGAGUCACAACUCAAUGAUGCUCUUUAUUCAAGCGGAGCUAGGUCAGGAGUUGGCCCAGAAUCGGCUUUUGGGAUCUCAUCAAUUCACAUGGCAGCUGGGGAUAGCAUGGAUUCUUCAGCAGUUACCAAGAAGCUUGAAGAAGAAUUAUUAAAACGUGAUGUGCUAAUUGAGAGGUUGCAUGAAGAAAAUGAGAAAUUGUUUGAUCGGUUAACUGAAAAAGCAACCUCGGCUGGAUCACCCCAGGUGUCUAGUCCAUCCUCAAAAGGAUUGUUGCCAGCUCGAGACAUGGGGAGGAAUGAUAGUAACAAGAAAGGGCACUCAACAGACAUUAGCCCUUUACCUUUAGUUGCAGAUAAGACUGAAGGCACGGUUGCUUUGGUUAAAACUGGUCCUGAAAAUGUUAAAACAACCCCUGCAGGAGAUUAUCUAACUGCUGCCCUUAAUGACUUUGAUCCUGAACUGUACGAUAGUCUUGCUGCCAUUUCAGAUGGAGCGAACAAGCUUUUGAUGCUGGUUUUGGCUGCCGUCAUUAAAGCAGGUGCUUCCAGAGAGCAUGAAAUACUUGCUGAAAUUAGAGAUGCUGUUUUUUCUUUUAUCCGUAAAAUGGAGCCAAAGAGAGUAAUGGAUACCAUGCUUGUUUCUCGGGUUAGAAUUUUGUACAUAAGAUCUUUGCUUGCUAGAUCACCAGAGCUGCAAUCCAUCAAGGUUUCUCCUGUUGAGCGGUUCUUGGAGAAGGCUAAUACUGGACAUAGUAGAAGUUCUAGCCGGGGUAGCAGCCCUGGAAGAUCUCCUGUGCGUUAUGAUUCCAAUGUGAGGAAUUCUCUGGUUGAUGAGCAAAUCCAAGGUUUUAAAGUCAACAUAAAGCAAGAAAAAAAGUCCAAGUUUUCAUCAGUUGUUUUGAAGAUGCGGGGCAUUGAUCAGGAGACCUGGAGACAGCAUGUAACUGGUGGAAAGCUUAGGGAAAUAACAGAAGAAGCCAAAAGUUUUGCUAUUGGAAACAAGGCUCUUGCUGCUCUCUUUGUUCAUACUCCAGCUGGUGAGCUGCAGCGUCAAAUUAGAUCCUGGCUUGCAGAGAACUUUGAGUUUCUUUCUGUCACUGGAGAUGAUGCUGUUGGGGGCAAAACUGGUCUGUUAGAGCUGCUCUCUACGGCAAUCAUGGAUGGCUGGAUGGCUGGGCUUGGUGCUGCAUUGCCUCCCAGCACCGAUGCUCUGGGACAGCUUUUGUCCGAGUAUGCAAAGCGGGUGUAUACUUCUCAAUUGCAGCAUUUGAAGGAUAUUGCAGGCACCUUGGCAACAGAAGAGGCAGAAGACUCUGCUCAGGUAGCCAAGCUGCGAUCUGCCCUUGAGUCUGUUGAUCACAAGAGAAGGAAGAUUCUGCUACAAAUGAGGAGUGAUGCAGCUUUACUAACUCUGGAAGAUGAUGGAGUGAAGCAUGAUACAUUAUUUCCAUCUACUGCUGCUGAAGAUGCUCGGUUAGCAUCUCUUAUUUCCCUCGAUGGCAUAUUGAAGCAAGUGAAGGAUAUACUGAGACAGUGCUCUGUAAACUCACUGAGUAGAACUAAGAAGAAAUCAAUGCUUGCAACUCUGGAUGAACUUGCAGAACGGAUGCCUUCCCUUCUUGAUAUUGAUCAUCCUUGUGCACAGAGGCAAAUUGCAGACGCUCGUCAUGUGGUAGAGUCAAUUCCUGAAGAAGAAGACCAUCUUCAAGAAAAAAUGCAUGCUUCAAGACCAUCUAUAGAGUUGGGGGGUGGAGCUGAAGUUGAUGUGGCUCAGUGGAAUGUCCUGCAGUUUAAUACAGGCUCAACAACUCCUUUCAUUAUCAAAUGUGGAGCAAAUUCAAAUUCAGAACUGGUCAUCAAAGCUGAUGCUCGGGUUCAAGAACCAAAGGGUGGUGAGAUUGUGAGGGUUGUCCCAAGGCCAACGGCAUUGGAAAAUAUGAGUCUGGAGGAUAUGAAAGAACUAUUCUUCCAAUUACCAGAGGCUCUGAGUUUGCUUGCCCUUGCAAGGACUGCUGAUGGAACCCGUGCCCGAUAUUCUAGACUCUACCGAACUCUGGCCAUGAAGGUCCCCUCGUUGAGGGAUUUAGUUGGUGAACUUGAAAGGGGUGGGUUACUAAAAGACGUGAGGUCGUGAGUGCAAAAAUAAAUCCUAUGCUAGUUUAUGUCACCGUUGCUGAUGGUGGCGCGCCUCAAUAUAAAUAUCAUAUUGGAGAGUUUGUCAACACAGUUGGAAGUUGGCGGGGAAGAUCUUGACAUUUGAAGGCCACCUUGUAACUUUUAUUGUGCACGCAUAUGUUUAUUCUUGGGUCUGUCUGUUGCUUAUGUUGAUAGCUGCUGUUUCUUUUUUUGUAAUGUAUCAUUCCCUUCGUGUAAUAUAUUGAUGAAUGCUCAAAAUUUAUUCAGUAAAGGGAAAAUUUUUGUAGUAA